ACAAGGUGACCUUUUGAUUAGGGAAAAUAAUACUAUUUUCUAGAGCCGGUUCCGUCUGUCUAAUUCUGCGCCCUGGCUCGGUGAAUUUUCCUUGAUUAAUUUUUCUCAGUCAUCAUGGCUACCCCACAAUCGGACAUUGAAAGAAGAAAACAAAUAAGUGUUCGAGGAAUCGCUGAGAUUGAUGAUGUGAUUGAGAUCAAGAAGACCUUCAACAGGCACGUCCACUACACCUUGGUCAAGGAUAGAAAUGUUGCUACUUCCAGGGAUUAUUAUUUCGCAUUGGCGAACACAGUUAAGGACCAUCUGGUAUCCAGGUGGAUCAGGACACAACAACAUUAUUAUGAAAAGGAUCCAAAGAGGGUGUAUUACCUUUCACUGGAAUUCUACAUGGGCCGUUCUCUCCAAAACACCAUGAUCAACUUGGGAAUCCAGACGUCAGUGGACGAAGCCAUGUAUCAGUUGGGUUUGGAUAUCGAGGAAUUGGAAGAACUCGAAGAAGAUGCCGGUCUCGGCAAUGGCGGGCUGGGCCGAUUGGCUGCUUGCUUCCUUGAUUCCAUGGCUACUCUGGGAAUGGCGGCGAUCGGCUACGGCAUAAGGUACGAAUACGGCAUUUUCGCUCAGAGGAUCAUCAACGGGGAGCAGCACGAAGAGCCCGACGACUGGCUGAGGUACGGCAACCCGUGGGAGAAGGCAAGGCCCGAGUACAUGUUGCCCGUCAACUUUUACGGCAACGUCAUCGAUACUGCCGAAGGCAAAAAGUGGGUCAACACGCAAGUCGUGUUUGCCCUGCCUUACGACAAUCCCAUUCCCGGUUACAACAAUAACGUCGUUAAUACGAUGAGGUUGUGGUCUGCCAAGUCGCCGGUCGAUUUCAACUUGAAAUUCUUCAACGAUGGUGACUACAUCCAAGCCGUUCUGGACAGGAACCUAGCCGAGAACAUCUCGCGCGUCCUCUACCCCAACGACAACUUCUUCGAGGGCAAAGAGCUACGUCUCAAGCAGGAGUACUUCAUGUGCGCCGCCUCGCUGCAGGACAUCAUCAGGCGGUUCAAGUGCGCCAGCUUCGGUACGCGCAAAGCUAUCAGGACGAACUUCGAACUGCUGCCCGAGAAGGCGGCUAUCCAGUUGAACGAUACGCAUCCGUCCUUGGCCAUUCCGGAGCUGAUGCGGAUCCUAGUGGACCUUGAAGGUCUCCCAUGGGAGAAAGCGUGGGACAUCACCGUCCGCACGUGCGCCUACACCAACCACACCGUCCUGCCGGAAGCCCUGGAACGGUGGCCCGUCUCGAUGCUGGAGAACAUCCUGCCGCGCCACCUGCAGAUCAUCUACCACAUCAACUUCCUGCACAUGCAGGACAUCGAGAAAAAAUGGCCGGGUGACUUCGACCGCAUGCGUCGCAUGUCGCUGAUUGAGGAGGACGGGGAGAAGCGGGUCAAUAUGGCGCAUCUGUCGAUCGUCGGGUCGCACGCGGUCAACGGGGUGGCCAGGAUACAUUCGGAGAUCAUCAAGGCUGAUCUAUUCAAGGACUUCUACGAACUGACCCCGGGCAAGUUCCAGAACAAGACGAACGGCAUCACGCCUCGCCGGUGGCUGCUGCUCUGCAACCCCGGCCUCAGCGACCUCAUCUCCGACAAGAUCGGCGACGACUGGAUCGUGCACCUCGAGCAGCUGCAGCAGCUCAAGAAGUACGCUAAGGACCCGAACUUCCAGCGCGCCGUCAUGAAGGUGAAGCAAGAGAACAAGCUGCGAUUGGCGCAGAUCCUCGAGAAAGACUACGACGUGAAGAUCAACGCCUCCUCGAUGUUCGACAUCCAGGUGAAGAGGAUCCACGAGUACAAGAGGCAGCUGCUCAAUUGCAUGCACAUCAUCACGCUCUACAACAGGAUAAAGAAGAAUCCGUCGGCCAAGUUCACGCCGAGGACGGUCAUGAUAGGAGGCAAGGCGGCGCCCGGGUACUACACGGCCAAGAAGAUCAUCAAGCUGAUCAACCUGGUGGGCAACGUCAUCAACAACGACCCAAUCGUCGGGGACAAGCUGAAGGUCAUCUACUUGGAGAACUACAGAGUGACGCUGGCCGAGAAGAUCAUGCCGGCCGCCGAUCUGAGCGAGCAGAUCUCCACGGCGGGGACUGAGGCCUCCGGCACAGGCAACAUGAAGUUCCAACUGAACGGCGCUCUCACGAUCGGCACCCUGGACGGAGCCAACGUCGAAAUGGCGGAGGAAAUGGGCUCGGAGAACAUCUUCAUCUUCGGCAUGACCGUCGACGAGGUGGCGGCGCUGGGCGCGAAGGGCUACAACGCCUACGACUACUACAACGCCAAUGCGGAGCUGAAACAGGUGGUCGACCAGAUCCAGAACGGGUUCUUCAGUCCCGGCAAUCCCGACGAGUUCAAGGAUCUCGCUGAUAUUUUGUUGAAGUACGAUAGGUUCUAUCUGCUGGCCGACUAUGACGCUUAUAUCAAGAAGCAGGAUGAAGUUAGUGCUGCAUAUAUGAACCAGUCGAAAUGGUCAGAAAUGGUGAUCAACAACAUCGCCACGUCGGGAAAAUUCUCCAGUGAUCGCACAAUCAUCGAAUACGGAAAAGACAUCUGGGGAGUGGCACCGAGCUACGGAAAACUUCCCGAUCCUUCCGAACCCAGAGAGUUGGCCUUGAAAGGCAACUGAACGGGUUCCUGUUCGCCGAGUCGAGGCAACUCUCGUUCAGUUGUCUCCAGAUAGUUGGAAGUAGUGUAACCUUGUUCAAGAGGAGAACACUCGAAUGAAUUUACCACGAGCCGCCACUGCAAUAAAUGUAUUGUAUCUUUUUUUUACGAAGCAAGAACUUUGAAAAGUCAAGGGAUAAAAAUUUGGAGGUUCAGGGAAUUCAUUUGAACAAAUUAAUGGAAAUCGCAAAAACAUUGGUACAGGGUGGUAUUUUUGGUCCCAUGUUUAUAUGAACUUUUGCUGAGCGGUAUCUGUCCUAGGUUUUAGUCGCUACAACUCUGAAACACAUUAUAUACACUGUGUCCAAAAUAAGGAGAACCCUUAUGGAUGUAUCAGAAAUGACAAGACAUACGGAUUUUUAUUAAUUUCUUGGCGAUGGUAAAAGAAAAAAAGCAAUUGAACCAUAAUGUCAGUUACACUGUUGAAGUCUAAAAAGUAAAAAAAAACCCUAACUUGAUAUCAAUCAGGACAGUAUUCAAAGAAUAAAUUGAAAACGAAAAUUGAGUUUCUCCAAAAUAAAUGAAGGAUGAAAAGUCAGAUCAUUGGUUUCAAGUUGUCUUUUUUUUUGGUCCCCUAAUUAUGCAAAUUUUUCCAAUUCUACCAACUCGUAUAUCUUGUCAAUUUCCACAACUUCUUAUUGGCCUUCCUUGUUAUUUUUUUAGCUUCAUUAUUAAUAGCAUCGAGUUUCAAGUUGAAAAACCCAAGAAUUAUUUUAAAAAUUGAAAAAUAUUAUUGCAGGACUGUUUCUAUAAUUCUCUGUGCCAUUAAUUAUUUUCUAUCUUUGUGAUCACCUGAAUGAAAAAACAAUGAAAACUCAGGACUCACUCGACUUUUUCAAUUGUGAUUAUUCUAUUAUCAUGACAUACAUAUAUAUAUUAUGGAACUUUUGCGUCUGUUGAAAUUUAUGAAUAAUGGAGUUUUCUGUACAGCAGAUGGAAUAAAUUGAAUUUUGAAAUGUGUUAAUUGACAGAACUCACGGUCUAAUCUCCGACACUCAUUGAUUUGUCAGAUAUCCUAUGUAUAGGGAUGUGGGAUUUUUAAAUAAUUUUUAGCAACUUUAUACAAUUUUUUGUAGAGAGAACAAGGCGAGAAAUGAAAAUUUUCCGAAUAUGUGCAAUAUUUAUCCCACAUUUAGCCGUUAAAACAGCUUAUUCUGCGUCUUCCAAUUUUAUUAAUUUUCAAAAUAUAUAUGACUAUAACCAGGCACGAAUAUGAUUAUCAUGAAACAAACAUUUUCAGUCUGUUGAAAACGGCUAAAAAUUCACAUUUUCCUUAGCACGAUUUUUUGCCGGAAGAGGAAUUCCAGUGGUAAAACUACUCAUUACUAAUGUUUCUAAUUAUAAUUUACUCCAUCUGCUAUGCCCCAAGCUCAAUUUUUCAUUUAUAUAUUGUAUUUUAUGUACUAGAGAUUAUUAAUAUUAUAAUAAACUGAAUCUAUUAUAUGCUCCAUAGUUAGCUUAUCAAGUGAAACUUUUGAAUAAAAGUAGUUUCUAUAUUAUGAAGC